AUCAGGGUACCUGGGCAUAACCUCCACAACCGCCUCCCAGAUUACUAGUAACACUGGGCUGGGAGUGGGACACCCAAUCCACAUCCACUCAUAUGUAUAUAUAGUAUAGCCCAGUGCAGGCGAUGGAAACACACACGCCACAGCUGCUUCUGCGUUGCUCUGCCUCUGCAAGACAAGUUGUACGCAGGAGUGAAGAGUUGAGGGCAGGAUGGCAGCGCCUCGUAAUCUCCUUGCCCGCCUGACGAUGCUUGCAAUGGUGAUGCUCCAUGCAUCAGCAGCGCAGGCGCAGCCUUCCCAAUCCCCCGGGUACUACCCGAGCUCCAAGGUCAGGUCCAUGGCCUUCUCGGAGGGCUACAACAACCUGUGGGGCCCGCAGCACCAGGCUCUCUCGCAGGACCAGAAGGCGCUCACACUCUGGAUGGACCGCAGCUCAGGCAGCGGGUUCAAGUCGAAGCGUUCGUACCGGAACGGCUACUUCGGGGCGUCGAUCAAGGUCCAGCGCGGCUACACCGCCGGCGUCAACACCGCCUUCUACCUGUCCAACAACGAGCUGUACCCUGGGAACCACGACGAGAUCGACAUGGAGCUGCUGGGCACGGUCCCCGGCGAGCCCUACACGCUGCAGACCAACGUGUACGUGCGCGGCACCGGCGAUGGCUCCCACCUGGUCGGGCGCGAGAUGAGGUUCCACCUCUGGUUCGACCCGGCGGCCGACUUCCACCACUACGCCAUCCUCUGGAACCCCGACGAGAUCGUCUUCCUCGUGGACGACAUCCCCGUGCGGCGGUACCCUCGGAAGGCCACGUUCCCGGACCGGGAGAUGUGGGCGUACGGCUCCAUCUGGGACGCCUCCGACUGGGCCACCGACGGCGGGCGGUACAGGGCCGACUACCAGUACCAGCCCUUCGUGGCCCGGUUCCAGGGGUUCAGGAUCGCCGGGUGCGAGACCGGCGCGCCGGCGAGCUGCCACCCGGUGCCGGCCUCGCCCUCGGGCACCGGGCUCAGCGCGCAGCAGCUCAGCGCCAUGCAGUGGGCGCAGCAGAGGUCCAUGGUCUACUACUACUGCCAGGAUUACACCAAGGAUCACGCAUUAUACCCCGAGUGUUAGCUCGCUGCUAUGAUUAAACAUCGUAAAUCAAUCGAGAUUUCUACGAUUGGUUUAAUUACCGCCGCCCUUCCCUUGUAAACGUGCUGAUUAGUGGCUGAGGCGUGCAAUACUCUGAGUGGACGUAAAGGUGGUGUGCGUUACGUCCGACUUGUACUAGAUGAUGGAUUCUGCCAUGUUUGCAACCACGAUAUUGGUUUUGUUGA